UUUUUAUCAAAUAUUGAUCUUUUGCAGUAUCUCACUAUUACGGCGUAGUAGUCAAUCAACUCAGUCUGGAGUUUAAAGCCCGGCAUAUCAUCUUCAUGUUACGGCAAUAUACGAUGCCACUGACGUCGUUUUAGGUUAUUUUAGGAUAAUCUUUUACGUCAUUAGUUUUGCUAUAACGGCUACAGUAGACUCCUUAUCGAAAUAUUGAUUGAGCAUCUUUUAAUAUGAAUGUCUGAGAAUCAAGUUCUAAUAGAUAACUGAUGUACUAGAGGAGGUCGUAAGCGAUUCUUGCGUGCCGUCUUGAUCAUAUGCGGAAGGGAGUACCGUUGAAUGACACCUCGUGUCUUUGAAUCGUGCAUUCAGACUUGAUAAAUGGAUUUAUCUUCGGAUUGGAAUUACUGGGAAAUCGUAUUUAUUUUCGAUGGAACGCUGGUUAAAAAGAGUGAGGUCGUGCGGAGUAUCUGGGCAUGGCUUGAUCAAUAAAUAAUACCCUGCUUUGCAGAGAUCGAGAUUACUUAAUACUGAGACCUAUAAAGCGAGUAUUAUGUUCAUUACUGGCUAGAAUUAUGAACGUAAACGACAAAAACAAAGCAGAAUGCUGUUUUAAUCACAUUCUUCCCAGACGCAUCAGAAAUUGCUUCGGAAUAAGAGCACCUAGUGUCAAAUGGUCAUAAGUACAUCACACAGAGCCCCGCAGAGUAUUUGUAAUAUAAAACCGGCGCACGAUCGCGCUUCAUUGUGACAUAUCUGUCUCAUUACGUCUCUAAAACGGACAAAGGACACGGAAAUCAAUGUCUUAAUGAUGAAGAUUACUUGCAAUAUGGGAUGAUGGAUGUCUAUACCUGUAUCUUAUUUGGAUUGUUCUAGACCAGUUCACUUGCAACAGGAUAAUAUUGUAGUGGAUAUAGAAUUGGGGUUGUAGCCAUGGUCUCAAAAUAGGAAGAAGUGAUUCGAGAAUUAGUAUCUCUCGCCCAGAAGGGAAAACAGAACUAUGAAAUGGCCUGCUCGACUAGAAGCCUUCUGGCGUGCAAAGACUAAUUUAAGACUCUCGGAUGAUAGUAAACCAUACGUCCACCUGUUCGUGUGUAUAUAUAUAGGAAUAGCCAUAGUUUAUAUUCAUCAAUUUCAUUACCCUGUAUAUCUGACAGUUAGUUUCCCAAAGCUUCGUAUAUCUAAAGAUGAAAUGGAAUAUCUAGUGGCGACAUCUAAUGGUCAGACAAUUUGCCCACCGGAACCUCCUGAUUUAGAAGGUCCAUUCCCUGUCGAUAUACAUACAGUCUCGAAUCAAGAAGAACUCUCGCGAGAAUUAAACCACGUGGAAAAAGGCGGGACCUUUAAACCACGUAACUGCAAAGCGGCCCAACGAUUGGCUGUAAUCAUUCCACUUCGAGAUAGAGCUGACCAGCUGAUGAUUCUGCUGAAAUAUCUACACAAAAUAUUAAAAAGCCAACAAAGAGAUUAUCAAAUUUUUGUAGCUGAACAGACGCCUGGAUCUACUUGGAACAAAGGGCGACUGUACAAUAAAGCAGUAGACACCAUUAUAAAGAUGUCACCGGAAUUCUCAUGCUUCAUUUUCCAUGACGUUGACCUCAUUCCAGAGAAUGAUAGGAACAUAUAUGAGUGUAGCACCGAAAAUCCUAUUCACAUGUCUGUGGCAAUAAAUAUAUACAGAUAUAUGUUAAUGUACAAAGGACUGGUAGGGGGCUGCCUUGCUGUAUCGAGAGAGCAGUACAUUCGCUUCAAUGGUUAUUCCAAUGAAUUCUGGGGAUGGGGCGGCGAGGACGACGAUCUCUUUUUGAGGAUCAACGAGGCUGGGUAUAUUAUACAAAGACCUUCUAGUAAUAUAGGGAGAUAUAAGAUGAUACGUCAUCUUGGGAACCCCGUUGUCAAUGAUAUGAGAUAUGAAUUAGUAAGUAAUAGGGCAGCGUCAAUACAUGGAGGACUAGACAGUUUACAGGAUAUUGACUGUCGUCUGAUAGAGUCACGUGAUGACAAACUCUACACUACAUUGCUCAUAGACGUUGGCACAAAAUCGAAAAAGGUGUCUCAAUUAGAAUCGGCUGCAUUGUCUAGGAGUUGGUUUAAAUCUCUUUGGGAAUUUGUGCGGACAGUUAAUGACAAUGAACAGAAGGAGCUAUAUAAAUAGGAAAGAUCAGCCGACAAUUCCAAUCCAGUCAAUACGUACAACCGUUUCCAUGUUUGAUUUUAUAUUGAAUACUGUUUGUUAAACGUUUUUGAACACUGUUAUGCUAACGUAUGUUUUAUUAUUGAAUUGCAUGAUUUUUAUACAUUUUACU